ACUCAUUUUAGCAUCCACUUCACUUCUCAAAUUAUCAUUUCAACUUUCUUACUAACAGUCAUAUAGAUAGAGUCAUGACAAGAAUGGUGUUGCUGUUAAUGGCCCUUUCCCUCAUCUCCAUCCUCCCUUUACUUACUACAGCAUUGUUCCAUGUCAAAGGUUCUGUUUACUGUGAUACCUGUCGCGCUGGAUUCGAAACCAACGCCACUUUCUACAUUCAAGGUGCAAAGGUGGGAAUUGAGUGCCGCGACAGGAAGACUAUGGACGAAGUUUUCUACAUGGAAGGAGUGACAGAUUCGACGGGAACAUACAACAUUAUGGUUGAGAAGGAUCACUAUGACCAUAUUUGCAAAUGUGUGCUUGUUAGUAGCCCAAUUAAAUCUUGUAAUACUCCAGAUCCUGGGCGUAACAGAUCUAGCAUUGUUCUUACUCACUACAAAAAUGGUGUUCUCAACCAUCUUCACUAUGCAAAUUCUAUGGGUUACUUGAGGGAUGAGCCAUUGCCUCAAUGCCAUCAACUCCUCAAAUAUUACCUGUCUGAUUCAGAUAUUUGAUUACUAUGAUAUGCUGUUUUUAUGUUUUGCUCACUAAUUACUAUGAUAUGUUUCUUUUACUAUUUGUUGUGGACAUCAUUGGAUGGAUACUAAGUUGUAGUUAGUCUUUACAAUUCAGCUUUGUUUAAGUAAUUAGACCACUUGAUUGUGGUAUAUAUUAACUAUAAUAUGAUGCAUUGUUGUU